GUAGUCCCUCAGUUACCCACAUGUCGGGACUUGAGGGCUUGCUUUGUUGUUUGUUGGAUUUUCACAGAUUUUGUAAUUUAAUGAUUUUCCCGAGGGGGUCCUCCAGUCCUCCACUCCUUGAGGCACUUGUAAAGUGGUGAAAAGGAGUAAAGUAGGUACGUUGCUGUUGUGGGCCGAAGGCUGACGCUUUUCGUUUCAUUUUGGGGGGAUGCCUCGUUAAAAACCUCAUUAGGAAAAACCCUUUGGGAAAAAAUCCUAACGAGGGAAAAAGAGUGCACCGAAUUCCCCCAAUGAUGAAUCGAAAAUGUCAAACCUUGGUACAAAAUGGAGAAUGGCGGGAAUGCCGAGGGCUCUCUCUUCUGAGGGCUCCUGUGUUGAUUAGCUGAAGGCUCGCUGUUGAUGUCCUGGUGGUGCCGAAGGGGAGCCCCUCAAUCCAGAGAUCGAGGGCCUGCCAGAUGAGGGCAGCAGUGAAGCGUUUACCGGGGGGUCCACUGUUUGUUGAUUUGUUGGUGAUGAAGAUACCCGAGGGCUCCCCAUCCGUCAAUGAGGAAACUCCCCGGGGGCUACCCAGUUUUGCAGUGCUGAGGGGGAAUCCCCGAGGGGGUGUCCUGCUAUGAAGCCCUGGGUCUCUGAAGGAGUGAUCCCGAAGGCGUCUGUUAUGUGCUGUGUGGGGCGCAACCCGGGGGCACUUCUGAGUGAUUGUACCCGGAGGCUGUCUUUGAUGAAGUGGAGUGAAGUAGAAAACCCGGGGGCUUCCAGAAUAUAGCCGUUGGAAAUAUAGCCGUUGGAAUACGUAACGACAGGAUAUAGCCGUAGGGGGGAUGGCACACGUGGCGUGUGAUGGCUGGUUGUUCGUGGGCGGCGUCACCGGUUGGGUGAAACGACGGCGCGUAAUGAUGGCGUCCAUCCGGAGGCCCGGAACCCAGGCCCAAGCCCGGAUUCCAGCGCCUAUAAAUACCCCAAGGCCAGGCAUUCCUCCGUGUGCGAUAAACUUGUUAGCGAAGCUCUGUCAAUUUUUCUAGAGAGAGAAAGUUCAGCCUUCGGUCCAAAACUCAGCUUUCGAGGUCAGUGCUCCCUGCCUUUCUCCUUCUAGCAUAGCUGUACUGUGCCCUUAGUUUAGGAGAUAGAAAAGUUAGGAAACACUACCGUCUACGAGCCCUCGAACAAGAAAGCGAAUGUCGUCCCAGAGUGACUCUCAGGACGUCUCGAGGACGCCCUCGAUGGAGGACGAAGGCAUCUCCGAUGUGGAGUCAAGCAGUGAUCAGCCCUCGGAUUGUGGUGAUGCAGCCCUCGCCACUGAGGUGCAGAAAGAUCUGACGGCUGAGGCCGAGGCGGAGGAAUUCGAGCGAACUGCCGAGGAUGAAGAGUUGGCCCUCGCCGUCCAAGUUGCUGAAGAGGAGGAGGAGAAGGAGAGGGUGAAGGUCACUGUGGCCGUCCUUCCCCCUCGGGGUGCUGGUGAGGCCAGUACUUCCCAGCCGCUGAACGCGGUUCCCAUCCGGGUGGCCCCCAGGAAGAAGAAGGCCAAGGCGGCUGUCCCUAAGAAGAAGGUCAUAGCUGCUGAUCAGGGGAAGCCCGUAGAUAUGCCGGAGGGGUAUUCCUGGCUCAACACGGCUGCCCUGGAAAUAAAGUCGAAGGCGGACAGGGCGGACCUCUACGUGACGCAGCUACAUGUAGGGCCCUCGGCCGAGGUGGUCGAGCCGGGAGUUGACGAUGUGCUCUCUCGGGCGCCCGAAGGGUGCAUUGCAGUACACGUGCUGUCGGUAUCCAUGGGCCUUCGGUUCCCGCUGUACCCCUUCCUCCGGGAGUACCUGAGGUUCGUCGGCUUGGUGCCCUGCCAGCUGACACCUAAUAGCCAUUCCUACGUGGCGGGUUUCCUAAAUCUCUGUAGGGACCGAGGGGUGACCCCCAGCCUGGACUUGUUCUUCCAGAGCUUCAACCUCUGUCGAGGGGGUCACGCGAAUGCGGAGGGCUUCGCCAACCUGCAGCAGGUGGCCAGGUGGAAGCUGUUUACGGAGGCGCCUUCGUCAAACAAGGACUGGAAGGAGCGUUGGUGCUAUGUCAGGGUUGCUGAGAACCCAUUCCCGGCGGAACUUCGGGAUCGCUUCCGUCGGCAUCCGAAGGUUGGAAGCGCCGCCCUUGAAAAAGACGGCCUGGUGAUAGCAAAAAUCCCGGAGGGUCGCACCAAGCAGGUCUCCAUUAAAGACUAUACUGCCGACAAGGGAUUCUACGCCCUCGGCUUUCGCAGAUACCGGUUUAUUGGUGAAGCGGAUGAGAAGUACCCCGUUUUUGCUGAGGCCUUCGGGGGAACGGGAGGUAGUCUACGAGGUCCCUUAGCACAUAGCUUAUCCUGUUCGUUUUUUUUUGUUUUUUAUUUUGUUCUUUGUGCCUUCGGUCAGCGUCCCCUCGAUUCUAACCCCAUUCCUUUGUUUCUUCGCAGGUGUCCCAGUGAAAAUGAUGAAUGUUAGAGGCCUUGCAGACUUGAAGAAGAAGAAACCCUCCAAGGGCCCGAGGGGGACGGACGCCUGUGUCCCAAAACCCGCCGGUGACUUCUUCAAAAAACCGGAGGGGCCGUCGGCGGACCCAAGCGCUGAUGCUGCUGCUGCCGCCAAAAGGAAGGGCUCGGGCAGAGAUCCCGAGGGCAAGAAGCCCAAGACCGGGGAUGCCGGGAAGAAAUCCCCCCCGGUGAUCAUUGUUGAUGAAGGCCCUGCCCCCGGGCCAGAUGAGGACAUGCAGGUGGCGAAGGUGCCGUCGGGAGUUCAGGGGCCAUCUUCCGAGGUCCUCAUGGUUUCCCUCCCGGCUGGUACGGCCGUGAUGAAUGGUACCGCCGACCCGAGGGCGCUUCUGCGAGGCAUCACCCUCGAGAUUGACAGGGUUGCCCUCGGGGCUGAUGAAGACGAAGCCCUCGAGGACAGGAUCCUCCGGUCCUCCCUUACAACCUGCAUUGCCCUCGGGGAGCAAGCCCGGCGGCUAGAGGAGUGGCGCCUUCGCAAGGCCGAGCAGGAGGCCAAGAUGCGGGAGCUCAUCCGCCAGAAUGCAGACGCUGUGCGGCAGAUGGCCAUGCUGGAGGAGAGCCUUCGGCAAAUGACCCUGCGAGCGGAGGCCGCGGAUCGGGGUAGGGCAGAAGCCGAGAGGUCCGCAGCUGAGGCCUUGGAGAAGGCUGCCAAGGAAGCCGAGGCCGCGAAGGUUGAAGCCGUCGAGAGAGCCCGGGAGGACGCAAUCUCAGGGUUCUUGGCAGGGGGAUGGCGGUCCGAGGAGCACAAGCAAUGGCUGUCCUCGGUCGUCGAGUCCUCGGUCGACGAGUGGUGCGAUGGGCCUGGCGUGGAGUGGGUUUCCCGAAAGGGUAAACAAUACUACGAUGGGGGCGAGUUCUUCACUCAAGCCCUCAUCUAUCGGAGGAUGGCUCGUCACUUGAAGAUCGAGCCAAAGGACUUUGACCCGGCAGCAUACGGGCUCCCCCCCCUGCAGCCAGACAUCCGCGUUCCUCUUCCCCCCGAUGUCGAGAGGCCAGACCUAGAGGACUUUGAGCUCAUGAAGGAAGCCGAGGGCGACGAACCUGAGGCCGACGCAGAAGUGACCUCGAAGCCAUCGGGGGAGGCGGCCCCCGGGAGUAACAUGAGUUGAUAUGUACUUUUUAUCACGUAAACAUACAUUUGUAAUGAUGACAUUAUUUAUCCCUCGGCUUCGGCCUGCUUGUAAUAGUAAAAUCGCAAUUACACUUGCUUUCUUUUUGAUGAUUGAAUGAUCGCCUUCGGGCUUUGUAUAUAUGACUUGUUCCCUUCGAUUC